CCGAUUUCAGCGCCACUUCGCAGCUCUUUUGGUUCCCGAAAAUCGCGGCCAUUGCAGGCUUUUCGCUAAAACUCGCCGAUUUCUCAUUCCACUGACCUUCCAGUCAAGUCAAAAUGGGUUUCCAAAACAUUUGGUACUCGCACCCUCGCAAAUACGGCCAGGGAUCGAGAUCUUGCCGAGCCUGUGCGAACAGACACGGUCUUAUCAGGAAGUACGGCCUCAACCUUUGCCGACAGUGCUUCAGAGAAUAUGCCGGCGACAUUGGCUUCAAGAAGGUAUAA